AAAUAUUGUGAAGUCAUGAAGUUGCAAUGAAGUUCCUACUUUUACUGUAUUUAAUUUACUAUCUUAUUGAAGGCUCGGAUAGCUUUAAAGAUGACGACGACUCUUUAUAUCCGCGAGUGUACUAUUUGAAUCGGCGAGGUGCUCUAUCAACAUAUAUGCAGAAAAACAAAAAAAAUCUCCCGAAACCACUUCGCAGUGCAAACCAACUCGGUAAACUCCCAUCGCCAAAAGUGGAGGUAAAGAAAACAAUUAAAAUUCCCAGAGACCAAAAGAUACCAGCAGUUAAAGCCAAAAGCAUUAAACGGAUAAGACCUUCGAAACUGAAUGACAAAACCAAAAAAAAUAAACGGGCAAGCUCGAAGAAAACAGUGCUAAGGUCAGGAAACAAUGGAAUAACAAAAUGGAAUAAAAACAUUUUUUCGAACCACGAUGGUUUAUCUUAUGAAGACCGUGAUUCGGUUGAGACGCAAGAAGGUGUCAACUUACAUUAUGACUAUCCCGGAGACAUACCACAAAAAUUACAAGUGGUCAAUACUGUGACAAGUGACACUGAACUUAACGAUUAUCAAGAAAAUGAGAAGGAUACCGCAGAAGUCGCAUCUACGAUCAAAUAUGACAAGUACAUUGAAUAUAUAAAUCCACAAGGGAUGCGCAACGACAAUGAAGAAGAAAAGGAUUUGCCCAAAAACUAUAAAAAUGAAAUUGAAGCAGGAGAGUUAGCCGACAUGGUGCAGAAUAAACGUCAUUUUGUUCCAAUGAAAUAUGCUUAUGAUGACUUAGGACGGCGUUUUGUGUUGCAAUAUCCGUACACCGAAGUUCAUACAGAAGAUUCGGAUAUCGAGAGUACGGCUGAAUCUCAAUUGGAUACAGCUAUCAACGAGGCCAUGCAACAAAACAUUGAAGAUGAAAGACUGAUACCAGUGAGGGCUAAUCCAGGUUUAGUGCUUUCUAUUGCGAGCGAAUCAGCCCGUCUUGAAAUGUCGAAACCACCUGACCCUACGCGAGAAAUUAUACAAAAUACUUUGCUAAGAACAGGUAAUUACUGGAACAGUUACUGGAAGGAAGACGUGCCAAAUCCUGAUGAAGUGUUCCUGCGCUCCCAGAAAAAGAAGCUCCAGUCUAAAUUGGAAACUGUAAGAGUGAAGAUAAUGCCUGGUUCUAAGCUGCACCAGUUGGUGUCGAUAGCCAAGAGGGUCUCACCGCGACUUCUUUACAUUAUCAAUACCAAUAAAGAUGCACCUUAA